GAACCUCUCAAGAAUUGGUUUCUCCUACUCAGCAAUCUCCAACCCUCGAGCUAAAAAGAAAGAAAUUGCCUUGCUUGGUUUGGUUGGUCCAUAGAAAGAUCCAAUUCAUCCCCAACUAUCACAAUUUGUCCAACUAGUCGACACAAUUCCAUUCUCUUCUUCCCUAACCUUUUCCCCAAACCCCUUUCUUCCAACCUCCCCAAACCACCUUUUCCCCUUAAACACAUCCAUACAACUAGCACAGUCCACUUUCCAGUUUCCCCCCGUCUUUAAAUAUCCCAAAACCCAUUUCCCCCUUCCUCCUUCUCCAUCAAAAUGGGACUCAUGCCCGGCGGCGGCCACCACCACCACCACUCGGGAAGAAUCAACGACGACCCAUCAUCGGAAUCCCACCGCCACCCAUCCCUCACUUCACAGCUCAGCCUCCCCACAGUCCCUUCUCUAACCAACCCUCAACCGCCACAUUACUCCUCUUACACCCUCAUAACCACCCUCAAGGGUCACACCUCCUACCUCUGCUCCCUCACCGUCUCCGGCGAAAUCCUCUACAGCGGCUCCUCCGACCAAGAAAUCCGCUCCUGGCCCCGACACCACCACUGCUCCGACCAAGUACUCGAACGCGAUGACAACGUGGUCGCAGAAGGGAAAGGGGCCGUGAAAUCGAUGGCCAUCGCCGACGACAAGCUCUUCAGCGCCCACCAGGAUCACAAAAUCAGAGUCUGGAAAAUCUCCUCCGACCACCAGAAUCACAAAUUCCAGCGUAUAGCCACUCUGCCUACAUUGACCGACCGCGCGGCCAAAAUCCUGUCCCCGGGGAACCAGGUCCAAAUCCGCCGCCACAGAUCGUCCACGUGGGUCCACCACGUGGACGCGGUGGCGGCCCUCGCCCUGUCCCACGACGAGCAGUUCCUGUACUCCGUGUCGUGGGACAGGACCCUCAAGGUCUGGCGCGCCGCCGGCGACUUCAGGUGUCUGGAGUCGCUGGCGAGCGCGCACGACGACGCGAUCAACGCCGUCGCGGUGUCGUCCCGCGACGGCGGGACGGUGUACACGGGAUCCGCGGACACGCGGAUCAAGGUGUGGAGGAGAGACGAGUCGGGAAGUGGGAGGAAGCAUUUGUUGGUGCUGGCGGAGACGCUGGAGAAGCACAAUUCAGGGGUCAAUGCUCUGGCUCUCAGCGAAGACGGCUCUGUUCUGUACUCCGGCGCCUGCGACAGGUCGAUUCUGGUGUGGGAGAGGAAUGGGGAUGGGGAGAUGGUGGUGGUCGGAGCGCUGAGGGGGCACGCUGAGUCGAUUCUGUGCCUUUUUGUGGUGUGUGAUCUGGUGUGCAGUGGGUCGGCGGAUAGGACGGUGAGGGUGUGGAGGGCCGCCGGCGGCGGCGGGGUUGAUCGGAAGUACGCUUGCUUGGCUGUUUUGGAAGGACACGCCGAGCCGGUGAAGUGCUUGACGGCGGCGGUGGACUGUUCGGACGAUGAGUAUAUGUCGUGUUCUGUUUACAGUGGAGGGUUGGACUGUGAUAUCAAGGUGUGGCAGAUCAGUGUCCCUGUUUUGUAGAAGACUCUGCUUCUUCGGUGGGAUCUUUGGUUGCAGUUUCAGAUUCAUGGGUUUUUUCCUCCCUUUAUUUUAUUUUUAUUAAUUUCCGUGUAGAUUGUCCCUUUUGGGGAGACUAAUUUUGUUUAGAGGGCAGUAGAAGGCGAAUUGGAUACCAAGGAGUAUGAGAUUUUCAAUGAUGGUUAGGCCAAAGCCAGAAUUAUGAGUUUGAUGAACGUUGUGUUCUAUACAUUAUCACUAGGUCAAUUAAUCUGAGGAUUUCAA